AUGUUUAACAAAUCAUUAAAGAUUACAUCCUUAAUUGAGGGUACUUAUGUUGGGCUUAGGAAGCUGAAAAAGGGGCUGACUGGUCCAACCCAACUACAACUGAAGGGAAAAGAAGAGAAAGAAAAAGAAGGGGAAGAUUUAAAAACAGACAAAAAAGGGGCUGGAGCAUUGGAUAAGUAUGCCAUAUCUUCACCUUCUGAAACGGGAGGGGGAGAUUUGAAUGCAGACAAGGAUGGGGCCAAAGAAUUGGAUACGGAUGCCAUUUCUUCUCCUUCUUUUGAAAAGGGAGGAGGAGAUUUGAAUGCAGACAAAGACGGGGCCAGAAAAUUGGAUAAGGAUGCCAUUUCUUCUUCUCUUGAAAAGGAAGGGGAAGAUUUGAUUGCAGACAAAAAUGGGGCCAGAGAAUUGGGUAAGAAUUCCAUUUCUUCUCCUUCUUUUGAAAAGGGAGGGGGAGAUUUGAAUGCAGACAAAGAUGGGGCCAGAGCAUUGGAUAAGGAUGCCAUUUCUUCACCGUUUGAAAAGGGAGGGGGAGAUUUGAACGCAGACAAAGACAAGGCCAGAGCAUUGAAUAAGGAUGCCAUUUCUUCACCAUUUGUUUCAGAAAGGGAGGAAGAAAAUUUGAAUACAUACAAAAAAUCAAAUAAAGCAGCAAAACAGAAUGAGUGCGAAGAUGAAAGAUUAAAGCGGAAAAAAGUAGAAUUUCCAAGGCCAAUUUUUUCACCAUCCAAGGUUCUCCUGUUCUGUUUGAUUGUUUUAUCAAAGAUUGGACAGUCACCAUUCAAGAUUUUCGUGUUCUGUUUAAUUGUUUUAUCUAAGAUUGGACAGUCACCAUUCAAGAUUUUCGUGUUCUGUUUGAUUGUUUUAUCCAAGAUUGACUGGACUUAUGGUGAUCAGGGAUCCAACUGUGUUCCAGCCCCAAUCCGGGUUUCAAACCCUUACAUCUUGAGCAGAAAUGAAUCCUGUACAACUCACAAUGUCAACUUGCAAUGUGGAAACGGUCUUAUACUUGUUUGUUUGCCUGUCGUCCCUGAAUCAGACCUGGCAGUUGGAUGUGCUCCUGACAUCUGUAUAAAUGGUAAAGGCUGUCCAGAAUGGAAUGACAGAAAUGGUGACUAUGUAAUUAACGUCAGAGACAACGAAUGUGACAACUGCAGUGACCACUACCGACUUUCAAAUUCAAGCGAAGUGGCAAAAUGUUUGAAAGAUGAAAGAGCCUUGACAACUAAGCAAACUACUGUUACCAGUGCUGAAGUAACUCCUGGCAAAGGGACCAGUCUUGAACAUGGAGUAAUGACUACAGCAGCCCCACCCAAUAAAACCUCUGAGGAAUCUGAAGGGAAUAAUGAGGGAGUAAUUAUUGGUGCUUCAGUUGUUGGUGGAGUUUUUAUCAUCGUCAUUGUUGCUGUAAUUAAAUUGCGGAAAAGAUAUAGAAACCAAGAAAGUUCCUCAUCUAGACCUGAUCCUGUGAAACAAACUUUUCUACCCAACCAUACAGAUGAUGAAUCAUCUUGUUAAGGAUAUCCAAUCCUCAGCCAGGAAGGAUAACUCAUAAAAUAAUUAUUUAAUUCAAAAAGUGGAGCUUGAAAUUGAAAACUUUUCAUGCAACAAUUUUUAUUUUAUGCAUCUUAAUACUGUUCAAGGUUCUGUGAAGUCUUUAGAAAGGGACUUGUAAAAUGUUUGUUCCUUAUAAAUGUCAAAAAUAAAUACAUGUAGUUUUAGAGAAAUAGGAUUUUUUUUUUUAAAUCUAGCCUUAGAUACCAAUGCUUAUUAGUAGAUAUGAAAUUGGAAGUGAUC